UAAAGAACCCCUCCCCCCGUUUACGAAUGAGCGCGCUCGUGUCUCUCCCCCUCCCUCCCGUUCUAGUUCCAGCUCUAGCUCCGCUCCAGCUCCAAGCAGGAGCUUGUCGGCGUAGCCAUGAUGUCUCUGGCCGCCCCACCUCUCCCUUUCGCGUGGGAUGAGCCGCUCUAACGGCCUUUUACAUCUCGAGGCCGCAGGAGGCCUGGCGAUGGUGCUAACCGCGCUGGGUCCCGUGGCCGCGCGGCUCUUUUUUUACCCGACCCUUCUGUACACGCUGGUGCGGGAGUGGCUGCCCGGCUCGCAACGGCCAUGGUUCAGCCGUAUCGACCGCGCCGUACUCCUGGGGGCCCUGCCUUUGCGGGGACGAUGCCGCCAGUUGGUAGAGGAUGAGAAUGUCAGAGGAGUGGUCACCAUGAAUGAAGAGUAUGAGACUCGCUUCCUGUGUUGUUCCUCACAGGAAUGGGCAGCAAUGGGCGUAGAACAGUUGCGCCUUAGCACUGUUGAUUUGACUGGAGUCCCCUCAUUGGAAAACCUGCACAAAGGUGUCGAGUUUGUACUGAAGCAUCGUGAACAUGGAAACAGUGUGUAUGUGCAUUGCAAAGCUGGUCGCUUUCGCAGUGCCACCAUGGUUGCUGCAUAUUUAAUUCAGCUCCACCAGUGGACUCCUCAAGAAGCAAUAAAAGCAAUUUCCAAGAUCCGUCCUCAUAUCAUAAUCCGCCAAAAGCAAGCAAAGUUGCUAGAGGACUUUCAUCGGUGUGUAACUAUUGGAACUCCUGCACAGCAACAGCUGCCAAAGAUUCAGCAAGUAGAGGACAAGCCAACACAAGACAUUCUGAACCCCCCUCUGAAAACAUCUGGUUCCUAAUGUGUUGAUUAGAGGCAGAUCUUGUCUCAGCUACCAAUAAAUGUUUCCUGCAACAUUAGAGCAAAGAAAUUCUAGGAGCUCCUACCUUUACCAGUAUGUGAGCAUAUUUUGCCUCUGCUGCCAUUUUCUGCUUUUACCUCUUGCCCAUUUCAGAGCACAUGCAUGGGACCAAUGUCAAACACAAGCAAUUAUGAAAUGUGUUGUUCCAGGAGAGGCCUUUAUUGUGACUUUCACCCCAGGAGGCUUACAGUAUCAACAAGUAGGCUUGACAAUUCCCCUCUUUAUCAUGCUUUUUUUUGUAUGUCGCAGUACAAGGAUGAACCCUCUACGUAUCGGGGCAAGGGCCCCCCAGUGUUGGCACAGUGGCGUCAAGGGAAGCUUUGCUUUUCCUGCCAGGUAGCAAUACAGUGGAAGAUAGCAGCCUCCUCUAUUCUUAGUUCAAUCAAGUACACUGCAAUGUUGAUGUUACUUUCGGUACCUCUAGCUAAAGAGUUGUCUUCUGUAGCCCUAAUAAGCGAGGGAACCUUCCUAAGAAAUCACUUUUAUCUGAUA